AACUGUAUUUAUAAACACAAACACAUGUUAUGAUUGAUUUGAUUUGUUUAAUAAAGUAUUCAAUAAUUAGUCAGUGAUUGCCAUCAAAUUUCUGACCCGAAAUGACGGCCACCGACAACACUGUUGUCGAUGGAUAUACGGUAUUGAAUGUCAAGUAUUCAGCCGACAGUCAAGUGAUUAGACAACUGUUUCUGAAAGAGUUUAACGCCAAACAAACACCCGACGAGUCGUCGCCGACCAAAAAGUCGUGUACUUUGAUUGUCCUCAAUGUUCCGCCGUUUGCCGAUCCGUUAGUCAUCAGACAUUUGUUCAGUAAUUGCGGAAAUAUUACGGACAUCUCGUUCAAUGAUAGACCAGUUCCGCCAAAGAAGAAGUCCGAUAACAAAAGCAAAUAUUUCGACAAAACUGAAACAAUCAACGGAUAUAAAGUGGCUUUUGUUGAGUUCGCCAAUCGAUCGGCACUUCAGAAGGCACUGAAUCUUAACAAAUCGUCGGCAAAUGUGCCGACACUGAGACCCGAAUCCAAACAAUACACUGUCGGUCUGAUGGCAAUGAAAUGCAAUUAUAACAACUCGAUUGUUGAUCCGCAAGAAUUGAAGAAAGAGAUCAAUGACUUUAUGAGUGAUUACGACAAACGUGUCGAAGAGGAGCGACUGAAAGCCAAGGAAACAGAUGGUGUGCCCGAUGCCGAUGGUUGGGUUAAAGUGGACAGACAUUCGAAGAGCAAGAAACGAUUCGCUAGUGACCACUCGCGCGACGAAAAACUCAUCGAAAAGCAUAACAAGAGGCUGAAGAAGACCAACAAUAGUUUGGUUAACUUUUAUUCGUUUCAACAGAAAGAAAGCAAAAUUGAAUAUUUGGCUCAAUUGAGGAACCGUUUCGAAGAAGACAAGAGACGUAUAGCACUGAUGAAAGCUCAGAGAAAGUUUAAGCCACUGUAGUAGUAGUGGAAGACAUGAUAUCAUCGAUG